AUGGGGGCGUCGAUCGUCGACGCCCACCGCGACGGGGCGGAGAUCUGCAGAGGGGAUGAGGCGUGCCGGGAGAGCUCGGUGGGGCUGUUGCGGGAGUUCCGGCUGCCGGAAGGGCUGCUCCCGCUGGAGGACAUCGAGGAGUUCGGCCACCACCGCGAGUCCGGCUUCGUCUGGCUCCGGCAGCGGCGCCCUCGCAACCACGCCUUCCGCCAGAUCAAUCGCCUCGUCUCCUACGCCACCGAGGUGACGGGCUUCGUCGAACCGGGCCGCAUCCGGCGGCUGACCGGUGUCAAGUCCAGGGAGCUCCUCCUCUGGAUCUCCGUCAGCGAGUUCUUCGUCGACCCGGGCGACCCCUCCAGGAUCACCUUCCGGACAACCACCGGGAUAUCGCGUUCCUUCCCCUCCUCCGCCUUCAAUCUGGAGCCCCACCCGCAGCCGCCAUCGUCCGGAGGGACUUAG